GAAUAGCAUGAAAAUCCAAUGACUGCAGCACAAUCUUUACGAUAAAGCCCGUGCAAAAUGAUGUUUUGGCCUGGCUCAAUCAACUAACUGUUUCAGAAUCUUCGGCAUCUGUCAAAACAUUGCAAGCGCAUACUAAACGCAAACGCACAGAGCUGAAAACAGUAAGCAUGACGUCCGUCCAGAACCAGGAAGAUCUCGAGGCCCGCAUAGCGCGCAUCAAGAAGCGGAAUGAGGAAAUCGAACAGAAGUACCGGGAAGCUGAGGAGGAUCGGUUGAGAGCAAUGAAGGAAAAUGCAAUGGUCGAGAUCAGGCCACCGAAGGACGAUGAUUGGCCGCGGGAGCACAAGUACGAUAAGGUCGAUUUCAACUACGACCUGGAUCCGGAAGCGCUCGCCCAGCUGGAAGAGAAGAAAAAGGAGAAAAAUGCUUUUAUCCAGAAAAUCGCCAAGGAUUAUAAGGUGUUUGCUGAAGGUGAGGGACCGCCUCCAGAUCCAGCGUACAGUUUUUUGGCCGAUGUUGAGCGGGAUGGCGAUAAAGCCGUGUCACCUGGGCAACCCAGCAAUAUUCCGAAUGCGCCCGUGGGCAACUCGAACGGAGCUCGAAGCCCGCUAACCAGGGGAGAUCAUUUUGACCGCCGAAAUCCGCACAACAGAAGUGGCCAGAGGCAAGGUGGUCACGUGAAUGGCGCUGGACCAGGUGGCGGUGGUCGAGGACGGGGAAGUUCGGGUAAGGCGCACCAUGGCCAUCAUCAUCCGAGCGUGCAGCGUUCGUACUCUACGAACGAACAUGACGGAUGGCGAUCGGCUUCUGGUGAGCAGCAGAGGAAAAAUCAAGUGUUCCACAAAGGAACGGCGGCCGCUCCGGAAGGGGGUGGUGGUCUGUGGAGACGAGAGCCAUACGUCGCGGACGGACCGGAGAAAGGCGCGACCGACGAUGCCACGAGUGCGGCAGCAAAGCUGCUGGAACCAAACUUGACAGUUUCGAUCUCUCGCGAUGGAGAAUUUAAAAGUGUCAAAGUGACUACCCCACCCAUCAUCGGUAGUGGACGAGUUGGUCCCCGGCACCCACCAAAACCGCAGUUCCAGUUUCACGCUGGCCCAGGAGAAACACAACACAAUCACUCGAGGCAAGGCGGGGGUCAUCAGCAAAAUCACUUACCGGUAACCGCUGUCCGUAAGCAAAGCGAGUCGACUGAUCAUUUCAAUCGCAACACGACCGCACGGAAAUCAGAUCGUGGGGCAGCAGGCGAGCCGACCAGAAAAGCUACCGGUGGCCCUAAGGGAGGUAGCGCCGGAACGCACAAAAAUGGCACAUCUAGCAGCGGAAGCGGUAGCGCGAGCGUUCAGGAUCGUCUCAACCGCAACCGACAGCUGGGGGGUAGUGAUAAGAACGAUAAUCACCUAAAACCAACCGGUAGCACCCCGUCGCAUCCGGCACCGGUGUCCGGUGCAGCGAAGGCAACUUUCAAAGCGAUUUCUAAAAUAAUCGAAAAGAACGCUGCAAUCGAUGAGCAAUUGUUGCGCGAAAAUGAGAAACUACCGUCGAAGGUAAAGGAGCUACGACUGCAGCACCCAACAGCGGCAGAGCAGUAACAAUAUCCUGGAAGAGGAAAAUUUCUUUUGUCUGCUAAAAAUGCACACGCCACCAUAAGAUUUCAUAUCGUCAGGCGCUACGGUCGGUGGUGGCAACGAGUUGGCAUGAAUGAGGCCACAUUGACAAACGCUUUGAGGCAUCACAUUUGUAAAACUAUCGAACAAAAAACGGGGACUGACAAUGUGUCCAUCUGGAACGUUCAUUAUACUUGCCAGUGCCAAGUAUAACCGCAACUUGAUUUCUCUCCCGGUGAACCUCUUCUCUAAUAUGCUUUGACUCAUUUUAACCCCGAUGGUUCGCUGGGGCUGGUUCGUAACGAAUUUAACGCUCGAAAGACGUAUCAAAAAGGAUGGAAGGCUUUCGAGAAUCAGCCUACGCUUACGGCGCCUCUCCAAGUCAAAACAAAUAUCGAACUCAUCAUUACUCACCGCCUCAUAUUCAAACGAAACAGCAUUUAAUUUGCAGUUCUAUUUAUUAACAUGACGUAUUCUCACUUGAGCUAUUUUAACAUUUUAUUAUCAUUAUUUUAACCAAAUGAUAUGAUUUUACGCAAAAACGUAGUGUAGCUUCGAAGGUUUUAGUUCAUUUCUUGAUUUGUCCGCUUGCAGCAGAUGCAAGGAAAACUCUGUAGAACCAGAACCCAGCGCUGACGAGUGCUGAGAGUGCAAAAGGCUGCUGGUGGUUCGUGAUUGUAUAUGAUAAAUUAUUGCA